UGGAGCAAUAGAAGGAAGGGAAGCGAUUAGUUAAACAUAGAAUAAAGAUGGAAGUCGCUAAGAUCCUUCAUAUGGUUGGAGGAGUAGGAGAGACCAGCUACGCUCUCAACUCCACACUUCAGAAAAAAGCAAUGCACAUAGCUAAGCCCAUAGUCCAACAGAGCAUAUCUCAAUUAUACUGCAAGCUCCAACCUACUGAAAGCUUAACCAUAGCUGAUCUCGGUUGUUCAUGUGGGCCUACGACUUUCAUCACCAUCUCCGAGAUCAUGGACGAAAUUUAUGAGGUUUGCCACCGAUUAAGCUGUCAAGUGCCGGAGCUUACGUUCUUCUUGAAUGAUCUCCCUGGUAACGAUUUCAAUUCUAUAUUCAAGUACUUGCCGACGUACGAUAAAAUGGUUAAAAAAGAGAAAGGUAGCAAAUAUGCACCAUAUUAUGUUGUUGGAGUUCCUGGAUCCUUUUAUGGAAGGUUGUUACCAAAGGAGAGCAUUCAUUUUGUGCACUCCUCGUAUAGCCUUCACUGGCUAUCUCAGGUACCUCGAGGACUUGAAGAUGAUUCAGGAGCUCUAGUAAAUAGAGGAAAUAUUUAUAUAGAUGAUACAAGUCCCCCUGCUGUGAUUAAAUCAUAUGUUGCACAAUUUAAACAAGAUUUCUCAACAUUUCUCAGUUUGCGCUCGAAGGAGAUUGUAUCUGGGGGGCAAAUGGUCAUAACAGCUUUAGGCAGGAGUGAUAUAGAUCCAUUAGGAGGGGAAGUGAACUGUCUUAAUGGAUUAUUAGCAAAAGCAUUGAAUUCUUUAGUAUCAGAGGGAGUUGUAGACAAGGAAAAAGUGGAUGCAUUUGAUCUACCGCUAUAUGCACCUGCUAUAGAGGAAGUAAAGGAAUUGGUUCAAAAUGAAGGAUCAUUUGAAUUUUACCAAGCAAAGGUUUUCGAGCUAAAUUGGGAUCCUUUUGAUGAUCAAAUGGAUGAUUUUGUUGCGGAUAGUUUCGUAAGCGGAGAAAAUGCGAUGAAAACUAUUAGAGCCGUAAUGGAGCCCAUGCUUGCGAAUCAUUUCGGAGGUGCAGUAAUGGAUGCUUUGUUCUCAAGAUAUGCCAUGAACGUUGCAGAACAUCUCAAGAAGGAGAAGACCAAAUAUGUCAAUUUCACGGUAGCCCUCACAAAGAGAGGGUGAUCAAGAAUUUAUCGAGAAAAAUGGAGUGGAUGUUAUCUCAAUUUCUAUGUAAUCUAAAGAUUAAUUGUAACGUGAUGCUCAUGUUGUGCGGUUCUAUAGUAAGAAUAUUGUCUUGUCAAAACUAGAAAUAUUUGUCUAAGUUAUGCCUAAUGCUGUAUCCUUCUAUGUAAGGAUAAUGUUUCGUCAAAAUUAGAAAAUGCUUCCCAUCCUA